GCGGGAAGAUGCACCAGGGGCCGAAUGGGAAGGUAAGGUAUUCAUGGCAUGCCCGCCCCCGAGCUAGGCCAACUCCGGCCAUCCACUCUACCUGCGGUACACGGUCCUCUCGAACACCUUUGAUUUUCAUGCACGCACACACGAACAGAGAGGACGCGCGCGCGCACAGACGCCGUGGACAUCCCCCCUACGUGCAGUAAUCGUAUUCACACCCGACACAACUGUGCAGUCCAUGCGUGAAAGGGAGUGUGGCCCAAGAGACGAUGCGCGGCCACUGCGGCGGUACGGCUGGCGGCCCACAUGAUUCAGAAGAGCAGCAAGCGGCAGAAGCUAAUUCCGAUGGCUCUGGAUUUUAAUGCCACCCACCCCUCCUCGUCGUCCGCAGCAUGGCGGCAUGCCAAUAAAAAGGCAAGCUCGGCUGCAGCAGCGCCG